UUUUUCCAAAAGUCAUAGUGCCGAGGCAAAUAUUGGACACCUUAAGUCCAGAUUUCCCAAGGAAUCUGUAAGCCACUUGAGGCGAAGGUUGACCCGUUGUUGUCCCUGCCAUGUUGAUUCCGAACCUCUACAUAGGCCUAUAUCACCGAUUGUGUUAACAGCGUAAGGGGUCAUCUCAAAAGAUGAGAACCCUUACUCGAAAGCGAAAAUAAUAUACAAGCGGGCGCGUUAUAACGCAUGUGUAAAGGAGGUAAAACACGGACGGACUUCAUUACAGACAGUCGGACAGUCGUCCACAACGAUAAGGUUGGUGGACCGAUAAAAACCAAGUACACUAUGCAGUCAGGAAAGACAAUGUGUCCGGUGAUCACAACGCCGGAAGUGACAGAAUAUCGAGUAGAGCUACCUUUAGACAGACGCCUCAAUGGACACAAGGGGAGAGAUUGACGAGCAGGUGAUAGAAAGUGACGAUAUCGAAACUCAGCACGAUGACCUCGAAGAAGGAGGGAGAAUUGAACAAAACUAGAAUAUCGGCAGAACCCUCCUUGUAUGACAAUCCAGUAGACCAUGGUUGGGCAUGGAUGGUACUUUUAGGGUGUUUUGGAAUCAGCAUGUUUAUCUUAGGGGGUUUGAAAUCUUUUGGCGUACUCUAUGUGGAAUUGGCCAAGAAAUUCCAGGUAUCGAACCAAGCACUGUCCGGCAUCCAGUCUUUGGCCGGAUUCUUUUUCCUUUUCUUAGCUCCUCUUAGUAAUGCUUUGAGUACCAGAUUUACUCAUAGAGUGGUAAUAUUUACUGGCGGGAUAAUUACCAGCUGCGGCCUGAUAUUGUCAUCACAAGCGCCCUCUGUCACCGUGUUGUAUUUCACUUAUGGUCUUAUAACAGGUAUCGGAUAUAGUUUAUGCUUCUCAUCGAUGUUGGUAAUGGUAGCCAAUUACUUCGCGAAAUACCGUUCAUUCGCAACAGGAUUUGCCCUAUCUGGUGGCGGACUUGGGUCCAUGACUUUUCCCUACCUCAUCCGAUACUUCAUCAAUCAGUACGGACUUGAAGGCGCCAUGAUGAUAUACGCAGGAAUGAUGAGUAAUAUUUGUGUUUUUGCCAUGCUUCUCCGUCCGUUUACUAACUAUCCCCUUAGGAAAACACAUGACAUCUGCAACCAGGAAGGUAAUAUCAAGGAAUUAGAUUCGCUCAUACCUCGUGGUGAAUCUGCAGAUAAUGGUAAAAGCAGCAGCAUCGAAAACACGACCGUAUCCCCACACCAUCCUAACAGUGGUCAAGUGAACUCGAGUAAGCUCCAUCCUGACGACCAGACCGAAAGCGACUUGCACCUCUCAAAAGAAAGUGUUAAUGUUGUAGCCAAGAAGAACAAUUUUCUACAUGAAAUUAAUUGGAAACUUUUUCUAAGCCCUGUUUUCAUUGUUUUUUUCGCUGUCAUAUUUUUUGCAAUGAUUAGCUACCAUAGUUUAUUUAACAUAGUUCCUCCAUAUGCUGAUGAACUAGGAUUAUCGGGUGAGGAUGGAGCGCUGAUUUUAUUGGUAUUUGGAGCAGCGGACUUAAUAGGACGAAUAGCAUUCGGUGUAUUAAUGGACAUAUUCCCAAAUCCAAAACAUCGUCACAUAAUCUUCACCGCGUGUGUUGCUGUUUCUACUGUCGGAGUGAUCAUGACGUCAUUUUUUCAAUCUCUGCUAAGUAUUUCCCUAUUUAUGGCAUCUUAUGGGUGUUUUGCUGGAGGAUUUAACGGAACCGGUAUGAUAGUACUUGUUGAUAAAGUUGGCAUGAAAGUGUUACCAAGUGCUUGGGGAUUCAUCUGCUUAUCGGCUUCCAUUGCCAUGCUAAUCAACCCUUGGGCAUCAGGUCUCAUAAAGGAUGGUACUGGAACAUGGGCCAAUGCCUUUAGGUUUACGGGGUCCAUGUCAGUCGUCGCAGUGAUCCUGUUGUUGAUAUUGCCUUGUAUAGAGAGAAGAUACAACCGGAGGAACACGGCUCGUGUUUAAUCAGCAUGAUACUACUGUUGGAAUAUUACAUAGAAUAUAAAACAAAAGGAGAAACAAGUCUAGUAAGGAUUGAUCUUUAUAUCGGCUCCGUCUCACUAAGUGUACGAUGAUUCAUGGAAAUCGCUUAAUCCGGUGACGCCAUAUGCGAUUAUAAUACAAUAAGUCCUGUGUAAAGGAUGCUAUGAUUUAACUCCUUCAUACUUUUUCAUGCAUUUGAUUCGUCACUCUAACACAACAGGCCGUCGUGUAACACUGAUAUUACAUUAUAGUGAUACCUGUUGACCUGCAGUUUACACCAUAUUGGUUAAUUUUACUACGCGAGUUGAUAUAGUGUUAUGUUUAUGCAAAUAAAGUUUGAUGUUAAA